AGAUUAACAAGUUAAAUAAAUUAGAUAAACGAGUUCACGAAACCGUUAAUUUUUUGAAAAAGAAUAAAUCCUUAAAACUUGGUCGUUUUAUGGGUAGUGAAAAACUCCAUUAUGUUUUUUACAAGGAUGAAUUGCUGGCUACUUAUGUUGACUUGGAAUUUCACGACUAUAUUAUUGAGUUAAAAACCAGCAAUAUUAAGGCUAAUGAAAGCCCACUGGCCUUGCUGAUUUUUGAAGUUCAAUUGCUUAUUCAAUACUUAUGUACUGGCAAAAAU